AUGGGACCUUCUACCAAUAAAGACGACAUGGUAAGAGUACUUUCAUCUCAACUUGCUGCUUUUAAUGUGUCAACACGUACAUAUGUAGGAAGAGAGCGAAAAAAAAUUGUUAUUCAUUCUGGUGUUGGCAGAACAGCGAAGUCGAAAGCACAACAGAAACGACAAAGAUCGAAGAUAAGAAAGUUUUGUACCAUCCCUUCGAAAGAAGCGGAGGAAAAGCAUGAGAAGUCAGCGAAUAAAUGCGAAACUAUAGAUCAAGAGACAUGCAAAAAUUAUAAGUAA